CCAGUUCCAUAAACUAAUUUUAUAUAAAAAAUCAUUUUUAAUAAUUAUCUCCCCUUGUUUUCUGUUUUUCUUUUUGAUGUGUCCAUGGCUGGUUUGGAUUUAGGCUCAGCUCCUCGCUACGUUCACCAGCUUCACAGGCAUGACUUGCACCUCCAACAACAACAACAAACCGACUCUGAAGACGAUGCAGUAGUCAACAGGUCAACCGGCCAGUUCUCCGCGGAAGAUCAUCACCAGGGCCUUGACCUCGGGGGCAUCAACCCCGGGUCAGGAGACAUCGUGGCCCGACGGCCCCGAGGUCGUCCUCCUGGAUCCAAAAACAAGCCUAAGCCCCCAGUCAUCAUCACAAGAGAAAGCGCCAACACUCUCCGAGCACAUAUUCUCGAGGUAGGCAACGGCUGCGAUGUAUUCGACUGCGUCGCCACGUACGCCCGGCGCCGACAGCGUGGGAUCUGUAUUUUGAGCGGCAGCGGAACCGUCACCAAUGUAAGCCUGCGGCAGCCGGCCGCAGCAGGCUCCGUAGUAACCCUUCAUGGAAGGUUCGAGAUUUUGUCGCUUUCAGGCUCAUUUUUGCCCCCGCCGGCCCCUCCCGGGGCCACGAGCUUGACCAUAUUCUUGGCCGGCGUGCAAGGGCAGGUGGUCGGGGGCAGCGUGGUCGGUGAGUUGACCGCCGCAGGCCCCGUUAUUGUGAUCGCCUCCUCGUUUACUAAUGUUGCUUAUGAGAGGCUGCCUUUGGAUGAAGAGGAGCAGUUGCAGGUGCAGGUCCCCCAGGGUUCCGGAGGUAGCGGCAGCGGCGGUGUCGGUGUCGGCAACAACCCUUUCCCUGACCCGUCUUCGGGGCUUCCUUUCUUUAAUCUUCCAUUGAAUAUGCAGAAUGUUCAGCUGCCGAUUGAUGGGUGGGCUGGAAAUAACUCAGGAGGUCGUCCACCAUUUUGAGAGAGAGAGAGUAGAGCAAAUUAAUUGAAGUGAGAUGAUGCUAAGAGUUUGAUGUGUUUAAUUAGAAUAUUUUAGAUGGGGAUUUCAGAUUUGAAGCUGGGUUGUGCAUUGGAUGAGAUGAGCUUUCUUGGAGAUAAAAGGUCAGCAAAUUUCAUGGACUA